AUGCGGUUAUUAUCGCUCCUCGCCGGCUUCGUCGCCUUUCUGGCGCCGCUAGCUUCAGCCAUUCAGCUCCUUGAAUCUAAUGCACUUAGCGUGUGUAUGCAGAGUAGCAACUUCACAGCAACUUAUUUCAACGUCGUCUUCUACCCAGGAAACAACUCUCUUGUGGUCGGCCUUGAUGGCGUCUCAUACAUCACGGGCAAGGUCGUUGCGGAAAUGACCCUCACCGCGUAUGGUUAUGAGGCAUACAAAAACACGCUCGAUCCCUGUGGGAUUAAAGGCAUGGGAAUGUGUCCCAUGGCCGCUGGACCUAUAGACUUGGGUCCACUUUCCCUCGACCUGCCAGAUGGCACCUCAGACAGCAUUCCAGGUAUUGCCUAUACCGUUCCUGACCUUGAUGCCAAUGUGCGAAUUGUCAUCAAGACGGCUGACACGAAAGAAAAAAUUGCUUGCGUCGAGGCCUCGCUUUCCAACGGCAAGACUGUAAACCAAGCUGGAGUCUCGUGGACAACUGCUAUUAUCUCGGGUUUGGGUCUUGCUGCAUCUGCCAUUACUUCCGGACUAGGUCAUUCCAACACAGCGGCUCAUGUCGCAGCUAACGCCCUCUCUCUUUUCGGAUUCAUGCAGUCACAGGCUAUGAUUGGCAUGACCUCGGUCCAUAUGCCUCCAAUUGUGGAAGCAUGGACACAGAAUUUCCAGUGGAGCAUGGGUAUCAUCCGCGUAGGAUUUCUCCAGACGAUUGCUACUUGGUACCAGCGGGCGACAGGUGGAACCCCGUCGACCCUCAUGUCCCAACUUGGAGAUACUUCUGUGGAAGUGCUCAGGCGUCGCAAGCGUGACGUAGCAACUCCUGCAGUGGAAACUGCAGUGGAAUUGUUCAAAAGAGCCACCAGUGCAAUGGUGGUUAAGCGUUCAACUGGUAUGGUUAAAAGAGCUGAGCAAGCCCAGAAACUUCUUGUCAUUCGAGGAAUUGACCGCGUUGGAUUCCGUGCGAACAUGGAGGAAACCAACAUUUUCCUCACUGGCUUGAUUUUCUUCUCAGUCUUCACUUGUUUCGUCAUCAUCAUCGUUGCAGCAUUCAAGGGCAUUACCGAGCUUCUUGCCAAGCACGGCAAAAUGAAGAGCGACCGAUUCCAAGACUUCCGCAAUGGAUGGAAGGUCGUUCUUCGCGGUAUCUUGUUUCGCCUGACACUCAUUGGUUUCCCUCAAAUGUCUGUACUUUGCCUCUGGGAGUUCACACAGCGUGACUCGGCAGCUGAGGUGGUUUUGGCAGUGAUUAUGAUCCUGUCUAUGCUUAUCUCCCUCGGAUGGGCAUCUCAGAAGGUCAUCCGGUUGGCAAAGCGUUCAGUCACAAUGCACAAGAAUCCGGCCUACAUUCUCUACUCUGACCCAGCCUGUCUGAACAAGUGGGGCUUCUUAUAUGUGCAGUACCGAGCGACGGCGUACUACUUCGUUGUUCCAUUCCUCAUUUACACAUUGAUCAAGGGUAUGUUCAUUGGUCUGAGCCAACCUGCACCUGUCGUUCAGACAGUGGCCUUGGUGGUCCUUGAGCUCGCCAUGCUGGUUGCUGUGUGCGUUCUCCGCCCUUGGAUGGACAAGAAAACAAACAUUUUCAACAUCUCCAUUGCUGUGAUCAAUUUCCUUAAUUCUAUCUUCCUAUUGGUCUUCUCGGAUGUGUUCGACCCCCCUGGAAUGAUGAUUGGUGUCAUGGGUGUCAUCUUCUUCGUUUAUAAUGCCGUGUUCGCUUUGGUCCUUUUGAUCCUCGUUCUGCUCGCCUCGAUUUACGCCGUUGUCUCCAAGAACCCCGACACUCGGUACCAGCCCAUGCGCGAUGACCGCGGUUCGUUCAUCAAGUCCCAGACUCAGCUUACCACUGAACUGGAUGCCCUGGGCGCUACAGCCCGGGGUGAUGACAAGGCUGGACAUUAUAAUAAUAACCCAUUCGACGACGAUACUGCCUCUAUCUCUAGCGGAAACGGUGCCACAAUUGGCCGUCAAAUGGAAUCAACCUACCCCCCGCAAGGCAAUAUCACCCAAGCGCCUCGGUCCCCCGUUGACCCGUCUGUACCACUGUUCCCCAGCAGUGCCUCGGGUAACCCUCCCCCGGGAUAUGACCACUUCGGUCGAUCACCUUCACCCGCCCCACGGAGCUUCGAUAACGCUCCUAUCGGCCAAUCUGCUUUGUCGACAAACUACCAAGCCCAAAAUUCUGCCAGUCCUUGGCAACGAGGUGCUGGUUAUGACCACUAA